CAAAACUAUUAAGAUACGAAUCCGAGUGACAGACGGAGGUCAGAUAGAGCUUUGUUUUCUGUUUUCUCUUCUGUAGAGCUGUUUGUCCGGGAUUUGUCCUUAUAUUUGACCCUUUGUUGUGUUUUACUGCACACACACACACUGUUCUAUUGCUGAUAAGAGGGACAUUUGUACUUCCUCUUGUGUCAAAAAGACAAAGAUGCGUUUCCUGCUUCUGUUCAGUCGUCAGGGGAAACUCCGGCUGCAGAAAUGGUUCACGGCUCUCAGCGAUCGUGACAAGAAGAAGAUCAUAAGAGACGUCAUACAAAUGGUGCUGGUGCGACCGCCGAAGUCCUGCAACUUCCUGCAGUGGAGGGAUCUGAAGAUCGUCUACAGGAGGUAUGCGAGUCUGUAUUUCUGUUGUGGUUUGGAGCAAGGGGACAAUGAGCUGCUCACACUGGAGCUUCUGCACAGAUACGUCGAGCUGCUGGAUCAGUACUUUGGCAAUGUGUGUGAAUUAGACAUUAUUUUUAACUUUGAGAAGGCUUACUUUAUCCUGGAUGAGUUUGUUAUUAGUGGAGAGGUGCAGGAGACAUCCAAAGCAUCUGUGGCCAAAUCGAUGGAGGAGGCAGAUUCUCUUCAGGAGACGAUGGAGGAGUAUAGAAACAAACCCACAUACUGAAGGAACGUUCAGAUCAUCACAGCCAUCACCUCACUCCUCAAAGACACAAUAACAAGAACUUCAGAUGCUGAACGUAUUUAAUUGAGCUUCCAUACAAAGUCACAACACUGAAAUAGCAACACUUUGCAUUAGCAAGCAUUUUAAACUACUCUUGAGAUAGUGAGAAUACUAUUAUUAAAUUAUAGGAGUUUAAUAUGUAGCACAUUUGGUUUUAGACAAUCAGGGAGAGAUACACUCAUGUAAACUAAUGGAGUCAGUAUAUAUAUAUAUAUAUUUAAAAGAAAUGCAUACUUUCAUUAAUCAAGGAUGCAUUAAAUUGAUCAGAAGUGACAGUAAGGAGAUUGAUAAUGUUAAAAAAGAUUUCAAAUAAAUGCUGUUCUUGAUUUCUGAAGUGUCAUGUGACGCUGAAGACUGGAGUAAUGAUGCUGAAAAUUCAGCUUUGCAUCACAGAAAUAAAUUACAUUUUAAAAUAUAUAGAAAAGUCAUUGUAAUUGUAAUAAAAAUGUAACAAAAUUUUUGAAGAAACUUCUUUUAAAAACUAAAGUUUUACAUCUUAACAAACCCAAAAUUUUGAACGGUAGUGUGCAUGUGGGAUAUUUGAAUACACUGUGAAAUUAGCCCUCUGGUUUCUGUUCAUUGUGCAGUAAAUUUUAUUUUGAUUUUAUUUUUUAUUUUGUGCAGACAAUCAGUUAGUAACUCAGACAGAUCUUAGAUUGAACUGAAACUGAAAGAAAAAAAUGUUUAAAAUCUAAAAGGUGUUGUGUUGGAAGGACUGGCCAAGCUAUUGACCCAAAUCUGGAAUGUUUUUUUUUUAUUUUUAUAAUUAAAUAAUAAAAUUCAUUUUAAUAA